AUGUCAAGCGAUGGAAAAAAGUAUGGUCUUCAAGUACCAUCAUCAAGAUUAAAAAAUGCAUUUAAAGAUGAGGAUGAAGAUCUUGAAAAGGAGGAGGAUACUGGACCAGUAGACUAUUACAAACAAACAAACAUCAAGAGAAACGAGAAUACAAAAGCUCAAAAGAUGCAAGAUGAUGCGUUGUUGGAAGACCCAACUGCAUUUGAUUACGAUGCAGUCUAUGAUUCGAUGAAGAGUGAUCGUAAAAAGAGUGCCAUGUCAAGACAACAACAAACUGGUGAUGCGAGACCCAAGUACAUUCACAACCUAUUGGCACAGGCUGAAAAGAAGAAACUGGAAUUUGAACGUACCAAAGAACGUACCAUUCAAAAAGAGUAUGAAGCAGAUGCCGAAAAAUAUAAAGACAAAGAUGUCUAUAUCACAGCAGGCUAUAAAAAGAAACUAGAAGAACGACGUAAAAGAGAGGAAUUGGAAAGAUUACAAGAUGAAAAGGAUUCAGCAUCUGCAACCGGUGAUAUUGGUUCAUUUCAUAGAAAUCUAUUUAAUACAUCUUAUGGUAAAGUUCAAUCAGAUGGUAAAGAUACAAAUAAUCAAGAAAAUAAUAAUAAUCAACAACAACAACCAUUAUCCUCAAGUAAUGCCAAAGAUGAUCAACAAUCAUCUAUUAAUGAUAGUAUAAAAGAGAAUAGAGGAGGUUUAAUUGUUAAAAAGAAAAGAGAUGAUCAAUAUUCUUCAUCAUCUUCAUAUCAACAAAGAGGUGGUGGUGGUGGAUCAAGAAAUAAUUAUAAUAACUAUAAUAAUAAUAAUAAUAAUAGAGGAGGAGGAUACAAUAGGAAUAAUAAUAAUAAUUAUAAAAGAGAAGAAGACGAAAAAUCAAAAGAAGAAUUAAACAAAAAGAAACAACAACAGCAACAACAACAAGAUAGAUAUCAAAGAAGAAAUGAUGAAAAAUCAAUAGAACAAGCAAGAAUACGUUAUCUUGAAAGAAAAUUGGAAAGAGAAAAGAAAAGUAUCAAAUAA